AUGCCUGGCAAGGAAAGAACGCAGUAUAACUGGAUAAGGUUUUCCGAGUUUAAACUCGAGAAAGAACAUUUGCAAAGCGACUUCGGCAAGUUUAAGCGGCUUAAAACAGAUAUCUUCAACGUGAAACGGAUACAUAAGACAUUACGAUUUAGAAACACUAAACAGAAGCCCAACAACACGACGUGGACGAAUAGUAGCGAGAGCGAAAUAUCGAACUCACGAUUCCAAUAUAAAAAUUCUGAACUUACAACACACCGUGUGAAACGCGUGACCCGAAAUUUGGACACAGUAAAUUGA